UCGAGUUAGUUACCUUUGAUUCUUCCUACAAUAGCUACAUUGCUAGGCUAGAUAAAUAUAACCACGAAUGGAUAUAUCUGACUGGCAUUUCAGGAAGGACAAAUAACGGUAUUUCUAUUAAAGGGAAUAUUGGAAGAUUAUUAAAUUAUACCAUUGCAUUCGAGAAAUGUAUUUUAUGGAUUUUCAAUUUGUUUGCAAGGAAGACAUCUCAGAUGGGAAAGAGAGAGGGACACGGGAUAUAAGCGGUCUAGCCUCUAUAUACGCUUGCAAGCAUAUCUUUUUAUUUAUAACAUAAUUACGGCAAAAUGGUCCCUACACUUUACAGUUUUCCUUUUAAUUAUCUUUCAAAUAUAUCUAGUAGGUUGUAGUACUGGCCAAUGAUAUUUGGUGAAGAAGUGGGAGCUCAUAGCCUGGGCCAUGGUCUAUAGGCAAUGGAAAGGUAAGCAGUUUGCAAAGGGAACUUUUCAGUUAACGGAAACGGCUCAUUCAUCCUAACCAUACCCCAGAACUGCUGCGUACGCUCCGUGAAGAUGAGAGGCUUUCCCAUCUUACCCAAGAGAUCGACGACAAUACAUCCACUGGCCAGGACCAAAACAUUUAUAUGGGACUUUAAAAUUCAUGUCUGAAUAUCUUCCAUUAUGUCUUUUGCCUUUGAAACGGCGAGAUAGGAACUCUAAACAAACGACCCUCCUUUACUCAGUAGGGAGUGUAUAGAAGAUCCACGUCAGAGAAAUGGAUAAACUCACAAUCAUAUCAGGAUGUCUUUUUCUAGCAGCAGAUAUCUUUGCCAUCGCCAGUAUUGCAAAUCCAGACUGGAUCAACACAGGAGAUGCAGCUGGUUCUCUGACGGUGGGCCUGGUGCGGCAGUGUCAGACCAUCCACGGGCGGGAACGGACCUGCAUCCCCCCGCGGCUGCCCCCUGAGUGGGUCACCACCCUCUUCAUUAUCAUCCUGGGCAUCAUCUCCCUCACGGUGACCUGCGGCCUACUGGUGGCGUCGCACUGGCACCGAGAGGCCACCCGAUAUGCCCGCUGGAUUGCCUUUUCUGGGAUGAUCCUGUUCUGCAUGGCGGCUCUAAUAUUUCCGAUAGGAUUUUACAUCGACGAGGUUGGGGGUCAGCCUUACAAACUACCCAACAACACAGUGGUCGGGUCCUCGUAUGUACUUUUUGUUCUCUCAAUAUUUUUCACUAUAGUGGGACUCCUCUUUGCAGGCAAGGUCUGCUUGCCUGGGUGAAAUAUUGGACUCUUUUGUUCUUGAAGUACUGCCUUCGGAAAAGGCCUUUGCAAGGCCUGACAUUUAAAAAUGGCCACCUGGAAGGGAAGAGGAACUGUGAGAUACCCUUUUCUCUAUGUUGGUGGGACUCUCCGAUGCACCUUUAGAUCACAGAAGUCUACAGCCCCUAUACCUGGUCCCCUUGGACAGGAAACAGGCACUCCCCUGUCUGCGGUCACGCGUAUGACAGAAAUGGAGGCCUAUCCACAAUGUUCGUCCAAGAAUAGAGUGCCAUUUGGGUAUUUAUUUAACAUCAUUUUAACAUUGUUAGAUGUUCAGCAUCACGAGAAACACGUUUCUCCGGAUCCCGGAGUGAAAUUGAGUUAACUUACUAUUGAAGGUAUUUACAAUUUAAUCAAUGAGUUACAAUGUUUGUUGUGUACAACACGGAGUGGCAAUUUAAUGCAAACUUAACAUUAACUUAUUGAAACAUUUCUAGCAUAUCUACAUAGGAGUCACAGGUUUCAUAGUACGUUUGAGGUUUUCCUUGACAAACUGUAGAACAAGCUUCCUUAUGUCUACACUUUAAACUAGUUUUUAUUUUAUUUUACAGUUUAGAGUUCAAUUCUUGGAACAGGGUUGGCCUUAACCCUGAGGAUAAAAGUUAAUGAAUCACCAAUCAUAUUAUCUUCAGAAAUAUUUUGGUCAAAACAACUAAAAUACUAGAGCUUUAAUAUGAUGAGAUGAAAGGGGGUUAGAAGGUAGACAAAAAUUGGAGCAUAACAUUAUGAUUUUCUGUGAAAACUAAUAGUUUUGUAUACAACUCUGUUUCCAAAAACAUUGGGUUGCUGCAUAAAAUCCUAAUAAAAACACAAUCCAAUGAUGUA